AAUGAUAGAUUUUAUAGAAAACAAAAUAGUAAUAUGAAAAUGAGCUAGGUGAAACAUAUGUUUGUUUCUGAACGAAUGUCAUCUGGAGUCUUUGACGUAGACAUUGCAUUAAUGUUACCAGCAUAAAUAUAAUGUGAAGCGCUUUAGCAGUUUUUUAUAUCCACUUUUUAGUUACAUUAUUUUAUUAAGGUCGUUUUCCACGUUUUAGAUAUGACAGUGUGUGAUAUAAGUGUUACGAUAGAGUGGCGCUGAUAUUAACAAGUGAACAACCGGUCUAUCAUCAUGGAUACCCCAACAAUGGACACUAUUUACCAGGCCAUAAGCGCCUUGUAUGAUAACCCCAAUGCUAGCGAAAAAGAAAAGGCCUCGCUAUGGCUAGGGGACAUGCAAAAAUCUAUACAUUCGUGGAAGAUAGCCGACGAGCUUUUACAACAGAAGAAAGACAUAAACUCAUGCUACUUCGCUGCUCAGACGAUGAGGUCCAAGGUGCAGCACAGCCUGUCCGAACUGCCCCCUGAGGCCCUGGUGUCGCUCAGAGACUCCCUGGUGGCUCAUCUAGAGAGCACCUCCCCAGAGACCAGUGCCUCGGUGCUCACGCAGCUGUCCCUGGCGCUGGCAGACCUUGCUCUACAGAUGCCUUCCUGGCAGAACUGCAUUGGUGACCUAAUUAAGUCAUUUUCAAACAAAAAUGAUUUUGCCCUUCUAGAAAUAUUGACUGUGUUACCUCAAGAAAUAGACUCUUCUAGCUUGAAACUUGGUGAAAACAGGAGGGAAGAAAUUAAGUCUGAGUUAAGGUCAAAUGCUCACAUAGUUACUUUAUUUCUUAAAGAAAGUAUCACUAAUUCUCAAAAUACACAUGUUGCACUAAAAAUCAUUAAAUGUAUGACAUCUUGGAUUCAAGUGAGGGCUAUAAAUAUACAGGAGGUUCCUCAGAAUGCAGUCAUAGGGUUCAGUUUACAGGUAUUAAGAGAUCACAAUUCUAUAAAUACACUGCAUGAUGCAGCUUCUGACUGUAUUACUGCAUUACUGCACUGUUUAGAGGAAAAUAAUAAUAAUGACAAUAUAGAGAGACUGUUAUUUGAGAGUGUGUCAGCUUUGGAGGAGAGUUACCACAUGGCAGUGGCUCAUGAGGAAGAUGAGAAGGCUACCAACUAUGCGAGAGUGUUCACUGAGUUGGCAGAGACGUUUCUGGAGAAGAUCAUCAUAUCUAUGUCUGGAGGAACAACACACUUUGCUAUGAGGUCUCUGGAGCUGGCACUUGUGUGUGUCGGACAUCAUGACUAUGAGGUAGCAGAAAUUACAUUCAACCUCUGGUACCGGCUGUCAGAAGAAGUGUACCAGCGUGACUACCAGCCUCUGACGGAUUCCUUCAAGCCUCACAUUGAGAGGCUCAUCGAGGCGCUGGCGAGGCACUGCCAGUGUGAGCCUGACCAUACCCAGCUACCUGAGGAGGGGGAUGAGUUCUAUGAGUUCCGCAGCAAGGUAAUGGGCCUGAUCAAGGACGUGGUGUUCAUCGUGGGCUCCAGUUCCGUGUUCCGGCAGAUGUUCUCCGUGCUGCACGCCGACAUCAGCUGGGAGCAGACUGAGGCAGCCCUAUUUGUGAUGCAGGCUGUUGCCAAGAAUAUAUUGCCUGAAGAAUACGAGUAUGUACCCAAAGUCGUAGAAGCCAUUCUAUCAAUGCCUGAGGGUGCUCAUUUAGCUGUCCGCAAGACAUGCAUCUUGCUGCUGGGCGAGCUGUGCGAGUGGAUCGAGCGCCACGUGGAGUGCCUGGAGCCCUGUCUGCAGUUCCUCAUCCGAGCGCUGCAGGAGAAGCAGCUUGCUUAUGCUGCUGCUACUGCGCUGCAGAACAUCUGCCGCGCGAGCCGUGCCCAAGCAGCGCAGCAUGUAUCAGCCCUACUUCAGGCCGCAGCCGCAUGCGAAGCCCUGGCGCUGUGCCCGCAGGCCUCCGCCGCGCUCAUGCGGGCACUCGCCUCCGCCAUCGGACGCCUGCCCAACCAACAGCUAACUGUUGCGAUGCGCGAAGCCGUCGCCGUUCAGAUCAACGGGCUAUCCGACCUUAUGAAGAGCAACUCCGAAGUACGCAAGGGGACAAGUACCGACCCUUGCGUGUGGCUGGACAGGAUCGCGGCCCUCUUCCGAGAUGUGGACGUGGCUAGCUCAGCUCUGAGCGAGGGCCAUCCUUGUGUGCCAGCGUUGUCUGACGCGUGGCCGGUGCUGCAGGCUGCUUUGGACCGGUACGCGACGGACGGGAGAGUGAUGGAGCGGUGGUGCCGCUGCGUGAGGUUCGGCGUCCGCAUGGGAGGGAAGCGAGCUGCCGCACUGGCUCCAGCUUUGGCCAGUCGUCUCCAACAGCUGUACCGCAUCAGGCCGCACUCGUGCGUGCUGUACUUGGCGUCGGUACUACUUGAUGAGCUGGCGGGGGAGCCGGCCGCCGUGCCGCCGCUCGUGGCGCUGCUGCAAGACGUCAUGCCGCAAGCCUUCCAGCUGCUGCAGCAGGAACAUGGCCUGAAGGAGAACCCGGAUACUGUUGAUGAUCUGUUCAGGCUUUGUAUAAGGUUCCUGCAGCGCAUCCCGCUGGAGUUCCUAUCGUCGGGCGCGGUGUCCACCGUGCUGCAGUGCGCGGCGCUGGCGGCGGCGCUCGACCACCGCGACGCCAACUCCUCCGUCAUGAAGUUCCUCUACGACUUCGCUAAGGUCGCCAACAACACCAGGCCGGAGAAGCAGCAGAUUAAAUCUCUAGCUGACAACGCGCUCUCAACAUACGGCUCGGACCUGACCUACCGUCUCAUAGAAGCCAGCGUACUGCACCUCCACGCAUACAUGCUGUCGGAAGUGGGCGAGGUGCUGUUGGAACUGCUGGAGUGGCAGCGCGGCGCCGGCGUGGACUGGCUGCACCCCGCGCUGCAGCGCCUGCCCAGGGACCGCCCUGCAGUGGCCACGGAGCAGCAGUGCUGGCAGUUCCAUCAGUACGCUAUGAGGGCAGAGAAAUGCAAGGAAAUGACUCGGUUACUGCGAGACUUCGCGAGGCUAUACCGAUAAGACGUAACAUUUUAUAUUAUAAACAAAUUAUUGAUCCAAAACAGGACUAACAGAGUGACAUACUCGCAGCGAGUUCAGUGUCAAUAAGGACGAAUUUCAAAUGAGUAUCAAAUAUGAGACUAAGCUACACUAGUGAAGUGAAUUGACUUUAUAAAUAAACGGAAAUAUGUUAAAAAACUGUUAUAUGUAGCUAUUUGUAAGGCCUUGCAUCUGUGGCGACUAUUCACGUGGAAAUAGAAAAUAUAUUUCAUCAUAACUUUUGUUAAAUUGUAACACUCAAAUCACAGGCAACUAAUUUAGUUACUACAAGACUUGUGUGUUUUUAAUUUUGUUUUUAUACUAAUAAUGGACAAAUUCGAUUUUGUACAAUUUGAUUGUUAAUUCGGGCCUGUGAUUUCAGAACAAACAUGGACUCAAGUCUUAGAUAAUAUAUUCCUACCCAUAUUUGACUGAGUUUCUUGUAAGAUAUGACCAUAAAAUUGCAAUUCAAUUAGGGCCAAAAAUUGCCAAAAUUCUUCAAAACUUCAGUAGACUUUUAUCUAUCUAUAAAGCCAACAAAAUCUAGAUAGCUAAUUUAGUUAGACAAAUGAAAUUCUAACACAAAUAUUGCUCAUAUUAUGUACUUUAAUAAUACAUGCAUAACAAUACAAAUUGCCCUAAAUCAGUGUACUAGAAGUUUCCAAGAUAGUCGUCACAAUGCAAGGCUAGUUAUAACGGUGCGUGUAGUGUAGCGUGGGAAGCCAGAGCAAUAACGUUGAUUCAACAGUGCAUGUAGGUCUGUCUCUAUUUGUCUUGCAUUUCUUAUGAUUUGACCACAAUGUCGCGUUCUCUUGUAGAUUACGAAGAUAAUUUUGUCGUUUUUAUUAUUUGGUAAUAUUGUAAUAGGAAGAUGUGGUUAAUACUUUGGUAUUUGUCAAUUUUAUUGAAGUCUUGAAUAUUUUUAUCAUCGUUACGAAAUUGUACCAAUUAUUCAAAUCUGAUUUUAAUUAAUACUUACUAUGCACGUAGUAUUUCCAUGAUUACAAUCAGCUUUUUUUGUAUUCGUUAGGUGCAUAACGUAACUACAAGAGAACGUAGUGAAUAAUUUAACCAACUGCUGGAACAAUGAUCAAACUCGUAAUGUUACGAGGUGCGAACGAUCAGUAGGUAAGUAUCAACAUUGAUUGAUGCAGAUAUAUUUUGUUAUAUUAUACUCACUUUUAUUUGGAAUGUGAUACUAUGCAUUGAAUUGUAAAUAUUUAUUAUAAAUGUUUACUUUUA